AUGCAUCCCGAGCUAGAAAGGACCCCCGAUACUCUUGAUGUCAAAUCCCUAGGCCCAAACACCUUUGGACUCAUGAAACAAGUACGAAAAGCGUCAACAGUUGUUUUAAAGGGAACAAAAUCACUGGUGAAGUUGGGUAAAUUCACAGAGACAGAACGUAUUCAAACUGCUGGUGUACCAAUUGCUAUGGUGGCCGAAGAACAAAUGGUGCCAUCAAGAUCAAAUCUCAGUUUUUCGCUUGAGGUUUCUGAUGAUGAUGAUGAUGUUAAUGAUGAUGAUGAUGACGAUGAUGUUCGUAUGUUUGAACCAUUAAAGGAGCCAGUCAAUGAGGCUUCAACUGCGAGGAAGCCUCCCCAAGCAGUUCCUGAUACUAAGUCUCCAUCUGGGAGUGAUAAAGACGAUUCAAAUGCCUCCCUGAUGUCAAGAAAGCGAAGACGUAGAGAUCCAAGGUCGGGAGUGCUUAUUACUAAACCAAUACAACAACUAACUUCAAAUGUUGAACCAGCCCAAGUUAAUCAAGAUGAUCAAAGCCCAAUUUUUUACGAAGACCUCUUAGCUAAUGAGGAAAUUUUUUCCUCGAGAAGCUCUUCUACCCCACCACCUCCAGAGCACGAUUAUGCAUCUAUCAAGUUAGCCAAGCUAAUUGCUUUUCAAGAAUCUAUUCCUCAGUCAAGAGGAAAGGGAAUAUCUAUUGGCUCAUAG